AUGGAUAUCGAUGUCGAGGUUACCCCACUGGCGUUUGCCACCGGCGCAAAGGGAAAGGGAAAACUGUCCGAUGCUGUGGGCGAUUUAGAGAGCCUUCCCUGGGUUGAAAAGUACCGCCCGACCUCCCUCGACGAGCUCGUGUCGCAGAGCGACAUUGUAGACACAUUGCAGAGAUUUAUUGAUGACGGAAAGCUCCCGCACCUGCUUUUCUAUGGGCCACCAGGAACAGGAAAGACCACGACUGUCCUGGCGAUAGCGCGCAAGCUCUAUGGCAAAAAUCUGGGCAGCAUGGUCCUGGAGCUCAACGCCUCGGACGACCGCGGCAUCGACGUGAUUCGCGAUCAGAUAAAGACGUUUGCCAGCACGCGGACGGUGUUCAGCAGCGGGCUAAAGCUGGUGAUUCUCGACGAGGCCGACGCGAUGACGACGCCAGCGCAGUCGGCGCUGCGCCGGGUCAUUGAAAAGUACACAAAGAACGUCAGGUUUUGCAUCAUCUGCAAUUACGUCAGCAAGAUCAUCCCCGCCGUGCAGUCGCGUUGUACGCGGUUCCGCUUUGCCCCACUGAAGCUGACGGACAUCAACGGCCGGCUGGACUUGAUUGUCGAGCGUGAGGGCGUGAACAUUUCGGCCGAAGGCAAAAGCGCGCUCAUCAGGCUCUCCUCUGGUGAUAUGCGCAGAGUGCUUAAUGUCCUACAGGCCUGCCAUGCGGCUUACCCGUCGAUCGACAGCGGCGAAGUGUAUGCGUGCACAGGCCAGCCCAGCCCGGAUGACAUCAAGCGCGUUGCCGACUGGAUGCUCAACGAUGAAUUCCACGUUGCGCUUUCCAACAUCGCGGCCUUGAAGCUGACACCCUAUGUCAAUGUCAUAGACUUCCCGGCGUCCACGCGCGUUUACUUGCUGGAGCAGCUGGCUGAGAUUGAGUACCACAUGUCGGUGGGCUCGACAGAGAAGAUCCAGCUGUCGGCGCUGGUCGGCGCCUUCAAGAUCGGCGUUGAGAUGGCAUCCGCCUAA